AUGCGCAUUCCUAUCGCCGUGCAGCUCGCGCUGCUGGUUCUGCUGACCACAUUGCUGGGGAUUACCGUUCUAGCCGUUGCGACAUGGAUCACCACAUAUGACUUUGUGAUUGAUGUUGAAUCCAAAAGUUUGAGGCUGGUUGCGACAAUCAAAGCCAGCCAGAUUGCGUCCGACCUCGAUCUCAUAGAAGUGACCUGCAAGACCAUCGUGACGCGCCUGUUGGUCCAAGCGGCUCUUGGUCGGUAUUAUGCGGGCAACACCUCCGCAAGCAACUGGGUGACUUCCAAAGAGGAUGUGCAAUCGGCCUUGGGCAGUCGAGGCUAUCUUGAUCUUUACCAGGCUUCAUUAUAUUCGAGUGAGGCAGGUUCCGGAGAUGGUCGGCUACUCAAUGUCACUAGUUCCACGGUCCCCGAAAUCACCCUUCCAUACACCUAUCCAAACGGGAGCGCUGUGCUCCUGGGAGAUAAUGGCCUGGGCUACCCGCCUUCGCUCUAUCCAAAUUUGACGUACACCACCUCGAGUGACGGCGACUCCAAUAUCGUUCGUGCCUUUUCGGAUUAUACCCUCGGGUUGACGUCGGCAUUAUUAUUGGGCCCGCUCGCAAUCAAUACCUCCUUCUCCCUGUUGUCCCUAACCAUUCCAAUUGUCAACAACACAUCCGACACGGACAUUCUGGGUUAUAUGACUGUUGUUGCUAGCGCUGCAAACGUACAAAGCGUUCUUAGCUCCCGCGAUGGAAUGGGAGAUACCGGCCAAGUGCUUCUCCUUGGUCCCUCGAGACCCGAAAAUACCUUUGCCUCCACGGCACAGCCUGCCUCGGCGACAUCCUCUCCGAACGCAGCCGCCCUCAAGAAAGCAGAAGUACACUAUGUUUUUCAACCCACACCGCUACCGGGUCAGACCAAUCGACAUCCCGGAAUAUCCACCUCAGACUCGUUCGCCCUCUCGCAUUACCAUAUAGCACUAGAUUUGAUGCUGCAGUCUUACGAGGAUGAUCACAAAGCUAUCAGCGAUCUGUCAACGAAAAACGAACAAAAUAAGAGUGUGGCCGUGGGCGCAAUUCGACCGCAAAGUUCGCUAGCUCAGUGGAUCUUGCUGGUUGAGGAGACUCACACAGAGGCAUACUCCCAAGUGGCACGGCUGAGAAAGGUCAUUCUGGCCUGUGUUUUUGGAGCCGCUGGCCUGAUCCUCUUUAUUGUUCCGCUGAUGACCCAUUGGGCAGUCGCUCCCAUUCGCAGAUUACGGGAAGCAGCCAGAAAUUCGGUGAUUUCACAGCUCGUACCGCCCCCGGGCGACGCACGGCGAUCCGGCCACCAUACGACAGAUGCGAUAACGCAGAGUGCCGACCGAGAUGUCGGAAAUGAAAGCAACGAGAAGGCUCCCUUCGCCUUGAUCAAACGCUUUCGUACUCCCUUAGAGAGGCUGAACAGCUCCGCAAAUUUCAGCGCUGAAGGGGCUCAAAGUCCUUUCCAGAUCCCACGUAGAGUCAAGGAACGCAGCCACUGUGUGACAGAUGAGCUCACCGAACUCACCAAAACAUUCAAUGAAAUGUCCGAUGAGCUGACCAUCCAAUAUAAUCGACUGGAAGAGCGAGUGAUCGAGCGGACUCGAGAGCUAGAGAAAGCCAAGCUUGCGGCGGAAACGGCGAACGAGAGCAAGACUCUGUUUAUUGCGAACAUAUCUCACGAACUCAAAACACCCUUGAAUGGAAUCUUGGGGAUGUGUGCCGUUUGCAUGGGAGAAGAAGAUCUUUCGCGCAUCAAAAAAUCCUUGCAGGUGGUCUACCAGUCCGGCGACCUUCUCUUGCAUUUACUCAACGAUCUCUUGACUUUCAGCAAAAAUCAAAUUGAACAGGCCAUCCAGCUGGAGGAAAAGGAGUUCAAGAUCUCUGAUGUCCGGGCGCAACUCGCCAUCAUCUUCCAAAACCAGGUGCAUGAGAAGAAAAUCGACUUCAGCAUUCAUUGUGUUACCGGAAGCAGUAGUGGACCCGACGAAGGAGCUGGCACCAUUUGUCUGGAUGAUGUGCAUCAGAUUGAUUCAAUUGGCAAGCCCGCAACCGUGAAGCUUAUGGACAUGGUGCUCUACGGCGAUCAGCAUCGGAUUCUUCAGGUAUUGAUCAAUCUGGUUAGCAAUAGUCUCAAGUUCACCCCAGAGAACGGGAAAGUAGAGGUUUGGAUUCGUUGCCUCGGCGAGGAGGACGGUUCCCUCCCAUUGAAGUGUGACACCAAAGAGAGACCUGCCGUGCGCACUCAGAGCCUCAACAGCAGGCUUUCUUCAGAUCAAACCGAGAAUUUCAUACACAUGCCCAAGGAUAAGCUCUCAGAUCAGUCCACCUCACGCCCUCUGGUGUUCUUGUUUGAAGUUCGCGACAACGGCCCUGGCAUUCCUCAUCACCUGCACCGACGCAUUUUCGACCCUUUUGUGCAAGGGGAUCUGGGGUUGAAUCGCAAAUACGGUGGAACAGGUCUUGGUUUGAGUAUUUGUGCGCAGCUAUCUCGAGUCAUGGGUGGUACUGUUCUUGUGGAAAGCGAGGAGGGUAAGGGGUCCCUGUUUACUCUACGGCUACCAUUACGAUUUGUCAAAGAGGUUGCCCCAAGCUUUCAAAACUCCAGCAACCCAGGGUCGCGAACGCCGAGUAUCCUAUCCCUGGAAGAAUUUUCCAAUGCUGCACGGACUCCCUCAAAUCAAGGAUCCACUAAAGGCGAGCCUAUUGCUACCAACUUUGAAAAGUCAGACAUCAUUCAGCCUAGACUGGUUGGUCUCAGCCAGCCUUUCUUCACACCGACGGUUCCUUCAUCUCCGAAGUCACCUGCGUCCAAUCACCCAUCAGGUAAAGGCAAGUCUGAGACGGAUGAACGCUCAAGAAAAACCCGCGUCCUGGUGGCUGAGGACAAUAGGGUAAACCAGGAGGUGGUUCGAAGGAUGCUUGCACUCGAAGACGUCUAUGACGUGACCAUGGUCAAGGAUGGGCAAGAAGCCUACGAUACGGUGAAAUCCAAUAUGGAAACGGGGACCGUCUUUGACCUCAUUUUCAUGGACAUCCAGAUGCCCAAUCUGGAUGGACUUCAAAGUACCCGCCUCAUUCGAGAAAUGGGGUAUUCUGCUCCGAUUGUCGCGUUGAGUGCAUUCGCGGACGAGAGCAAUGUAAAGGACUGUAUGGAGUCAGGGAUGGACAUGUUCAUUAGCAAACCCAUCCGACGGCCUGCACUGAAGCAAGUCCUUAAUAAAUUUGCAACGAUUCCAGAAGAAUCCUGA